AUUGCAAAAUGAGCGAAAUCUAAUAUUUUUAUUUACAUUAAUUUAUUAGUUAUCGACAAUUUUAACUUUUGCUUCCUGGUUCAAAUUUUGUUUUAACCAUAACUUCAUAUUCUUUAGAACUCGUGUAUUAUUUGAGCUGGGAUGUUGGAAUGUACAGCUAGAAAAUCUUCAGGGUAAUAGUGUUAUACUUCUCAACUUUUUAAUUCACUACAAUAGAAUUCUUUAUAGUGUGUUAUAAUGGGCGAAGUGCUUAAUAGACUAGUCCAGUUUCGAAAUCAAAUUUUAAUUGAACUUAAAGAAUCAUCUGAUCUCGGUUUUACAAGUAGAUCGCUGCUAACGAAAUAUGUGAGAGAUAUUAACUCCUUAGAUUCAGCAUCCUUAUUAAAGAUUGAAGCCAUACUAGAUUACAUGUAUGAACUAGUAAAUGCUGGAAACUGGAAAGAUGUUAAAUUGUCCUGGAGAAAAACAAUAACAAUCGCAACUUAUGUAAAACUAUUAAUCAUUUUUAAAUCAUAUAAAGUAUUAAAUGACGAGGUAUUUAAAGAAUUAUUCAAGAUAAUUGACCAUGGUAUUCUUUUUGGAUGUCCACUUAAGAAAGAACCAAAGCUAUUACAAAAGUGUGCUGAAAUUAUUAAUUAUUCUCGGCCGUGUGUAUAUAAAAUUGAAAAUGUGAAUAAUGAAGUAAACAUUUUAGAUAUACAAAGUGACUAUGAUAGUUUAUGUAAAAUUGAUGUUUUAAAUUGUCCCAGUAUGGAAUCAUUUUUUAGAGACUACAUUUUACAAGAAAAGCCUGCUGUUUUAGAGAAUUGCAUCAAUCACUGGCCUGCGCUAGAAAAAUGGAAAGAUCAAAAUUAUUUCAUCAAACUUGCUGGACUGAGAACUGUGGCAAUUGAAUUAGGUAGUGAUUACACUAAAUCUGAAUGGACGCAAAAAUUGAUGACUAUGGAAGACUUUAUAAAGAAUUACAUGUUUAACACAAAUGGACCCAUAGGAUACUUAGCACAAUACCAACUUUUUGACCACAUACCUGAAUUGAAACUGGAUAUAACAGAACCGGAGUAUUGCUGCUUUUCUGAUACUAAUGAACCUGUGGACAUUAUGGCAUGGUACGGCCCAAAGGGAACAUUAUCACCACUGCACUUUGAUGCUAAAAGAAACUUGUUAGCUCAAGUCAUUGGCAAGAAACAAAUAUUUCUCUUCUCACCAAAAGAUACAGACUUUUUAUAUCCUCAUGAUAGUCAAUUAUUACACAAUACAGCACAGGUUGAUCCGAGAAAACCUGAUUUGGAAAAGUAUCCUAAAUACAAAGAAGCUAAGCCUUAUUAUUGCACUUUAAGUCCUGGUCAAAUGUUAUUUAUACCACCAAAGUGGUGGCAUUGUGUCGAAUCUUUAUCCAUAAGUUUCUCUGUGAGUUUCUGGUGGGAAUAGUAUUAAUAGAGGUAAAAUUUCCUCACUGAACUAAGAAACAUUUAGGCGAUUUUAAAUGGAUUAAAAAUGAAAAGCACUGGAAAAUUUAUUUUAACAAUCUAGAAUAACAGCUAGUCACAAUUGUUGAUAAAAACAGCAAUGUCAAAAAAAGUCAGUUUACACAAGUGAUAGGAAAAUCAUCAGAUCACAUAACAAAGAUAUUAUUAUACUUGUUUGCUUGGCAAUCGGUCCGUCAUAUAUAAAAAAAUAUCAGUGCAAAAGUAUUGAAUCAGAAAAUAUUUCAUGUAUCGAGCUGGAAUCACCACCAAAACAUCUAAAAAUCAACUUCUGUAUCCAACAUGUGUUAAAACAAAGACAAUGCAAUACCAAUCGCCUUCAGCAACCACCUAUAUAGGAAACUAUAGAAUACGAAAAUAGAUUUCAAGUAAGAAACUUCUAUGAAUCCCAAGUCUUGGUAAUUCAAAUAAUCAAGACAAACAUAUUUGAAGAUGCAAUAGUGAAUGUCAUCAACAUUUCCCGUGCUUCAGAAGUAAGUUGCCUAUUGAAUGUGUGAGGGCAAAAAUGAGUGAGCAAAAAGAAAAGUGAAGUGCAUAAAUGUGCCAGAUCUGUUCAAAAAUCAUAUGCAAACUACAUAUUAGAGUGAUUCAGAAAGAUAUUUUUACCAGAACAGUGUGGAGGUGCAAUAAUUAUAAAUACUUUCUAUAUUCACUGUUCAAAGUUCUUCCUAUAAUCAGUCGUCUCACUUCAGAGGUGCCCCCUCCAAUUUCGCAUAAUUUAGCAUCCCUGAGUAUUCUGCCUAUUGGAUAAUCAUUGAUGUAGCCGUUUCCUCCUAGAAAACAUGUAAUAUUACGUAAACAUUGACUUCAUCCAACAAAGUGGUCUAUUUGCUCAAGAAAUGUCCGUUACGAGUCACAUUUUCGAACAAGUCGUCAACGACGCCCAUGGACAUCCGUAACACCAGCGGAACUACAGAUACGUUGCCGGCUUAAAUUUUAGGCCACGCCUCAUUUAUCAUCAACAAGGUUCCUAUUCAAGAUGAAAAACAACAUACAUACAGGCCUACUAUUGGUUGCUCAAACUACCAAACGUAGUUAUAGAAUUGAGACAGAAUUUAGAAAUUAGUUAUCAUAACAAGCAAUAUUCAUUGUUAUGAAAGAAUGAUACAACAAAGAGAUAUACCUGCUAAGACUUCAAGCCAUCAAUCGACUUAUGGAAUGUUAAAUAAAAUAUUUAGAACGUGAAAUGGGCUACACUUAAUACUAAAAAAGUCUAGUAGGUGCUAACGUGUAACUAUAAAAUAUAUUGCAAAAUUGAACUUUACGGCUAACUAAAUAAAGUAGUUGUUCUUUAACGUUAAAAAAUAAACUAUUCUGUAUUUUA